CUUUUUCUGUUGCAAUGGCGUUUGCAGCAGCAGGGAAAUCGAGGGGAGAGCAGUGACAAACGUCGCCAACGGUCACAUUAUCUCCUCAAAAGUGCUCGGAUUUUUACGAUAUUCGGCUAACGGUCUUAGAUAUUGGUUGUGUAAUUCUUCUCCUUGUGGAUGAGAUUGUGUUGGACGUUUCCGAAGCGCGUCUCUCCACUUUAAUGCUGUGGGAUGGCCACAGUGCCGCCUGGGCCUAGUAACGCACUGCCUUCAUCCCCGGUUGAAGUUGCCCCUUUCUCCGGGGCAGGGAGAGGGGAGCCGGCGGUGGAAACCGGAGAGGCGCCCUACCGCGUGGAGGACUGCGUGUCCGCCGGUACGGGCAAGAAGUCGCAGCCGGUGAACGAGGUCAAAAGGUCGGCCAAGAAGAAGCAUAAAAACAUGCUAGCCAGGGCUAGCCCGGCGGCGCUCCACUUGAAAAUGCAAGCCGGAGAGCAACAGCAGCUAAACGGCUUGGUCAGCCCCUCGGAGGACCCUGAUGACCACCAGCGCGCAGGAAGCCGACCUGACAAUCUCAACCCGUUCGAGGACAACUGUGACAGCAGCUGUGGCUACGAGGCUGCGGCCGCCAUAAACAGUACGGAGCAUUGCCAGCACGAAGGCCACAACCCCUUCUCCAAAAACGGCGACCACUCUCCUGUGACUAACAGCAGCGUGAACGGGAUGCCGGCUUUCACGAGAACUGUGGCGGCCCACGAAGGCGAGAACCAGUUUGACCACACGCAGCCCACAAGAGCGUCGGGUGACAGCGACGGGCCCGGCGGAGAGGAGUGCCUGGCUGAUCCGCAGCUGCAGCCUCCGGCCGCGGAGCUGGCCCGGCUCGACCUAAGCGGCUCUCCCGGCGGAGCAGGAGAGAGCCACGGCAUCCGCUAUGUCCGCUACGAGUCCGAGCUACAGAUGCCGUGGAUCAUGAGACUAAUCACGAAGGACUUGUCUGAGCCUUAUUCAAUUUACACGUACAGGUACUUCAUCCAUAACUGGCCGCAGCUUUGCUUUCUGGCCAUGGUGGAGCAGGAGUGCGUCGGGGCCAUUGUUUGUAAGCUUGACAUGCAUAAGAAGAUGUUUCGUCGCGGCUACAUUGCCAUGCUGGCCGUAGACUCCAAACACAGAAGGAAAAGUAUUGGCACCAAUUUGGUGAAAAAGGCCAUCUAUGCCAUGGUGGAGGGGGACUGUGACGAGGUUGUACUGGAGACCGAGAUCACCAAUAAAUCCGCCCUGAAGCUGUACGAGAACUUGGGUUUUGUCAGAGACAAGCGGCUGUUCAGAUACUACCUGAACGGAGUGGACGCGCUGCGGCUCAAACUGUGGCUCCGCUAGAGGGAAGCAGAAGGGACUGAGGGGUGGGGGGGGAGGCGGGUCUCCAGGUGCUGUUCACCUCUAACAGCCUGAGCUCUGCCCUUUCUCAUUUCACCCCUACAACACAUAUAUACCUUCGCACACACAAAUGCACCCACACCCAGCCACCCCUGUUCAAACGCGAGGAGCUCGCAUCGACACAGACACACCUUCCUUUCCUCCUCGACGUUCGAACAACUCUUGCUUAGGUGGGAAAAGACUGAAAUGCCAACAGACGUGUUUUAUUUUUUACGAGCAGAGCGGCUUCCGGGAUGAACCUGGCACCUCAUCGCACUGUGACGUGACAGAAUCCGAGAGGACGGGGGGCAUCGCACCAAAUUAUCCUGCAGAACACUGGACUGAGCAGACCUGCAUGAAAUGACACACAGGAAAGCAGGAAGCGCGGCUGCAAACAGCGACCGGGAGGAAAUUAUUUGUGAAGUUUAUUUUUGGGGUUUUUUUUGUUGUUUUUUUAAGCCUUGUUUGAUUGGGGAGGGUUAAUGAUCUAGUCUGACUCGUGUGUUUUUACUGCCACAUGAUUUGUUUUUCGGGGUGUGUGUGUGUGUGUUUUUGAUUGUAUGUGCUGCUGUUGGUUUCACUGAAAUCUAAGCGAACAUGUUUUGGGUGACUGCUUGGAUGCGCACUGUAUGGGUUUUUUUUGUUUUUUUGUUUCUUGUCUGUCCACUGGGCGUGGCGCCCCGCUGCUGUCUCCCCCAUCACCUGGACCAGAGCCUGUAAAACACACGUGCUUCUGUUUAUUUUAAUUUGAGAGCAGGAGGAGAAAAAACGUAGCUCCUUCCUCUGUUUGGUCCAGAGCAGUUGUUCAACACAAAUCAACCCACAAUCAUCUCAACCUUGCCCAUCUUCGGGAUAAACCACCCUUUUUUCCGCUUUGAUGUCUUUUGCUGUGUCCAACCCUUUUACGGUGUGGUUUAGGGAGUUUAAUUUCUUGUAUUUUUCCUGUUUUUCCCUCGGGUACACUGCCAGCCUCUGCAAAACGCCCCCAAAACAGACUCUUUGCCAAGGAUGGUGUGGUCAUAUAUGUCCAUCCGUCUCUGUUUACUAAUUGACAUGAGAAGUCCCAUUCUUAAGUGCCACUCAAUCCAUUAGGAGUGACGGGAGGUAGAUCUGCACUUCUGUUCCCAAUGCUGGAUUCCUGUUUGAGUAUCCUGUGUGUAUUUAAACUGUUGAUAAAAAAGGAAAAUAGACAAGUAUUCUUAGCAGAUAAUA